AUGCCUGCAAAGUCGCGAUUCAUGAGGCUAGACGCCUUCGCCAAAACCGUCGAAGAUGCGCGCAUUCGCACGAAUUCCGGAGGUGUUAUCACUAUCGCCUCGCUGCUAGUCGUGCUAUGGCUGGUAUGGGGAGAAUGGGCUGACUACCGCCGAGUGGUAGUCCAGCCAGAACUCAUCGUCGAUAAGUCAAGAGGAGAGAGAAUGGAAAUUCACUUGAAUAUGACAUUCCCGCGGCUUCCCUGUGAGCUUUUGACCCUGGAUGUCAUGGAUGUGUCGGGUGAGAUGCAGGUGGGCGUGGCGCACGGCGUGAACAAGGUCCGCCUGGCCCCUCCCUCAGAAGGAGGUCAAGUGAUUGAUAUUCAGGCUCUUGAUCUACACUCCCCCGCCGACGCUGCUGCACACCUAGACCCGGACUACUGUGGUGAGUGCUACGGAGCCGAUGCACCUCCCAAUGCGAUCAAAUCAGGCUGCUGUAGCACCUGUGAUGAAGUUCGGGAGGCCUAUGCCAAUAAGCAAUGGGCUUUUGGAAUCGGACAGAAUGUCGAGCAGUGCGAGCGCGAGGGGUAUGGCGAGAAGCUCUUGGCUCAGCGCCGUGAAGGUUGCCGAAUCGAAGGUGUACUACGAGUUAAUAAGGUGGUUGGCAAUUUUCAUAUUGCGCCAGGUCGCAGCUACACCAGCGGUAACAUGCACGCCCAUGACAUGGACAACUACUUCAUGAAGGAUGCCCCGACUCCCGAGCAGCAUACCAUGACCCACGAAAUUCAUGAGCUCCGGUUUGGUCCCCAGCUUCCUGCUGAGCUAGCAGACCGGUGGCAGUGGACCGAUCACCACCACACUAAUCCGUUGGAUGAUACCAAACAGGCAACGGAUGAGCCUGCCUAUAACUUUAUGUAUUUCAUCAAGGUUGUCUCUACCUCCUAUCUUCCCCUAGGCUGGGACCCGGUCUUCUCGUCUGCAAUCCACAGUGCCUACGACAAGGCUCCUCUGGGCUCCCAGGGUGUCGCCUACGGUUCUCAAGGAAGUAUCGAGGCCCAUCAGUAUUCUGUGACUUCGCACAAGCGGCCCCUGAUCGGAGGCGACGAUGCUGCUGAGGGGCACAAGGAGCGUCUGCACGCCUCUGGUGGUAUCCCUGGCGUGUUUUUCAACUACGAUAUUUCCCCCAUGAAGGUCAUCAACCGCGAGACUCAGCCAAAGACAUUCACUAGCUUCCUGACCGGCGUCUGUGCUAUCAUCGGUGGUACUCUGACUGUGGCAGCUGCUCUAGAUCGUGGCCUGUAUGAGGGUGGAAUGCGCAUCAAGAAGCUCCACUCCAGCUAA